AAAUAAUGUCACACAUCACAAGCUCUACCCGCCCACGCACAGAUGCAUGUACGCAACACAUUCACGGCACGUGUGCCGACCUCCCCAUCUAACUCGGUUAUCUCGGCCAUUGUGACACUGACGCCCGUCUCCCCUCCCUCUUGGGGGACCCCACACCCGUCGACCCCCUCUUCUGAUCACGCGCCUUCUUCCCCCCUCCCUCCCUGUCCUUCUCCUUCUUUCGACUCUCUGCGGCUGUCAUUGGGCUCGACCCGCUUGCGCCAUCGUCGUCGCUCGUCUGUGCGACCGAUGGCGGUGGGCCGCCCUUGCCGACGACCUCCCAGCUGCUCUCCAGCAGCUCCAGGGCUCGGUGGCCGGCCCAGCCCUCAGGGGCCGUGUUGUUGGUGCGGCUCAUGAACUCAAGCAGGGCGCGGGAGGGGCCGUCGUUCUCCCAUAACUCCAUGCACCUGCAGCAUCGAUGGAUGGAUGGAUGAAGUGCAGUGCGGUGCAAAGGUUUGCGCACUUAGUGAAUCCCUUGACGGCAUCUUUCCAGUUGCCUUCGAUGUACUGACACAAUGCCGCUCUGAAAGGAUGCGAUUCAAAGCACGGUACGGUGUCGUUAUUCGGUUGGUCCGUCAGCAUGUGUCCGUCCGUCCGUCCGUACCUGUGUUCAUAGAAGAGCUGUUCAGGUAUCCUUUCCUGCAGUGUCGUGAGGUCCUUGUCGAACACAAACAUGUACUCCACACCAGGACCAGACAAGUGGUCCUCUGGCAGCUCGGCCAACUCCUGCGUGACAUACACAGACAGACAGACAGACAAAGACACAGGCAAGCCAACCCAUGCCUCCCUCCGUCUGUGUGCGGCAAGGAGACAUGCUCGCUCCCAUGUAUACCGACACACAUCACAUCACAUACCUCUGGUUUAUGUAUCUCUCCAAGGCAGCUGGAUGUGUCCUUGCGCGGCACGACGUCGUCAGUGACGUCAUACGCGAAGAUGCCCGUGGGCUCGUGGAAGGCGAACCGGACAGUCACCACAUCGAGCUUGCGGGUGCGCUCCUUCGCCUGCACACACAUACAAUACAUAUGCACAGGCAGACGGAGAGACACUCGUGCGAUCAUGGCUGGCUGUCGGGUGUGCGGCGGAUCUUCCUACCUUGAGCGACAGCAUGUUGUAGAACUGCUCCGACAUGAUGAGUGGAGUCUGGUAGACUUUGGUCGCUUCCUGACGCACAAUAUACACAGACCACAUACAUAGAUCUCCAUCCAUCGACCUCUCAUCACAUCCAUUACGUAUACACACGUACCUGCAGUUUCUCCGUGAGGCUGACGUGUGGCGAGAGGUAUGAUGCGUCGAUCUUGAAGUCUGACCCAAUGGCGCCCUCGAUGGCCCAGCCCACAUGCAGACCGUACCCGAUACGCAGCCGGUGGCCCUUGCCAAACCGCUCCACCAUCCGGGCGUCGGUCUCGAAGGCCAACACCUCAGACGAACGCCUACACUCGUAUGCACACCAGGAUUGAGGGACGCAGACAGGCACGUGUGGUGUCUCACUUUGAUUCGUCUACCUGAUUUCGACAAUAGCCUUAAGGAAGGCUACGAGUGCCUUGUUGGCCGACUCUGCCGCCUUCAUUGCCAGGCUACCAUCCUGCCAGUCACAAGGAGCAGUGCGUGUCACAGAGAGCAGGUAUUGUCCCUCCCUCUCUCCCUAUGUCUACCCACCCGGGCCUGUGUGUCGUUUGUGUUGCCAAUCUUCCAUGUGAAGAGGAAGGCGUCUCCGACAUUCUUGUUGGCCGCGCCGCUCCACCUGUGUGUGCAGUGGUGCGUGAUGCGGCCCACCAAAUUCACAAACACCAUCACAUCCUCCUGCACAGAAAGCAACGGACUAAUCAGGCCGUGCAUGUAUGUGUCUCCUGCUCACUGCCUCACCUCUAGAGCCUCGGUUGCGUCGGUGAAUCGUCGAAUAUCGCAGAAUCCGAAGAUGGCCUGAAUGCGUCUCCCCGGUAUCAUGAUGUUGAGUUCGCCGUCUCCGCUGCUCAUGUUGUUGCCGAUGACCUCCGCGCCGGCCUCGCCAAAGCCCACCUGCAGGAGGCCGCCGAUCUUGAUGAUGGUCUGCUCAAGCAUGGACGUCUCCAGCUGGGGACCCUUCUUCUUCUUUCGCUUCUUCUUGGAAGAAUCGUCGUCGUACUCGUCGAUACUCACCACCUGAUGGAGGAUUGUACAAUCAGUGGAUGGACACACACACAGAGAGAGCACGGGAAGGGAAUGACAGACAUGGCUGUUUGUGUGUGUCGCUUGUUUCACCUCUGGCUUCUUGAGGGGGUCGUCCGCGAGCUGUUUGAUAAUGUUGACCAUAUUCUCUAUCGGCGCGAUCACCAACGCCUAUACAUGUACACCCACCCGCGUGAUAAGAUGGGGAGUCCGGUCUUGCGCGCGUACUUGUGUGUCUUUUGAGAAAAGCAUCGCCAGUGUGCCCAGGAGGAAGCAAAUGAACACCUUUUUCGUUGCGCAAGAGACAAGAAUUCAUGCGUACGUGCGUGUCGCCACAUCCGUCUGUCAGUCUCGGACAAGUGAGUCACUCACCGUCUGCGCCAUGUUCCACAGAGCCUCGUUGGUGCUCUUAAUGCGAGUCUGAAGACACAAAGAGAUGUCGGUUACGUUGCUUGCCUCUCUUUCUUUCUUCGUGUCUCUGUGAGGGGGUGUGUACAUUGAAUCUGGCGUAUGCAGUCAGCGCCUUGCAGUUGUGCGCCUUCUCACAAAAAAAGGGCGAGUACGACACCGUUUCCAACUCAGCAUCGCGGCAUGGACAGUCGUUGGGGUCAACACCUGCCCAGAUGGAAUUGGGGCAGAGACAGGUCCCCAUUCUUUGUCUCUGCUCGCUUUCUCUACAUGCAGAGAAUCCCCAUACCUCGACACUCCCAUUCAUCGUGCCGUUUCGAGCCUCGCCGGCACUCUGCAUCCAGACAGCCAGCCAUCCGCGGCACGGUAAGAUGUGCAAGCGAACCAAUCCCGAGUUCAUCUUUGUAUGCUCACUUCUUUCUUCAUCAGUCGGGUCCCACGUCCUGGUCUCAGAGUCCCCAUCUCUUUCGUACACAGUCGCCACCACGCGAUCGAUGUCUGUCAUGCGGCCUCCCUGCCGGUAGUCGGGCACCCGCAGCCACAACAGACCAGCCAGCAGGUCGCCGUCCGUCGACUUGGCCGUCACUUGAGUGUAGUGGUAUAGGAGCCGCUCCCACCCGUCGGUCGUCAGCCAGCCUUGAGCGUCAGCGUCGAUGCACAAACGGUCCAGGGCAGCGAGUCCCUUCGACGAAACAUCGGAUUGGUAGUUAUACCCGGCACUUAUCUCCGCCGACGUGCCGAGGGAGUCGUCUACGGCCUGGAAAAGAGAACAGAGAAGCACCACUCAUCAUGCACAUUCCGUGCCACCCAUCUGCUCUGGGACCGACCUCGGCAGUACAAUUGGAUCGUCCGAACCAGAACAGUUCCCUCAGUCCAUAGAAUUUGGCGUUGUCCUCCUCGCUCACUUGCAGCACGGGCAAGAUGAAGAGCAUGAGCAGCACCCCCACAAUCACCUUGCGCGUCGUCAUCUCGGAGAGGAACUUGCCCAGCCUGCUGGCCUCCACCCGCUUAAGCGCAGCCUGCUUGGCGUUGAGGGCCGCCCGCGCCUGUUCCUUUAGCUUCUCCUCCUGGUCCUCGUCGCUCGCCUUGGUGCAGUACUUGUACAGCUUGACAAUGCGAAUCAGCCGGAUCAGUCGCACGAGACGGACAAUGCGCCCCGCCCUCGCCCCUGCUCGCGAUGCCUUACCCGCCCUGGCGGCCUCGCCGGCCCCGCCGUCGGUGGAUAUGCCCAGAACCUCCUUUAUGGGGUCGACAACCCAUGGAAUGUCGGGGACGAGGGAGAGGGUGGCAAUGAUAUCGAGCCAGAAGAAGAAGCUCCACUUGUAGUUCUCCUUUGUAAUGGAGUUGAUGAUGAGCUCAAAUGCAAAAAGCAGCAGCGAGAUGAGGAACAAGGCGUAGAAGUAGGGGUCCGAGGGCUUGUAGAAGCCCGCCAGCCGCACGUCGUCACCGAAGAGGGCGAAUAUGGUCACGAAUGUCAUCAAGAUGGUCAUGAACCGCCCGUCGAUGAAUGCCUCAAGGCUGGCGGCGAUCUCAUCGGUGCCCUCCUUGUUGGUCGUCUCCUGCUCGUCAACACCGCCCUGCGCAGCCAUGAUGGAACCCUGUCACUUCAAGGCCCUAGACAGAGCCUGACGCGCUCUGGAGACAACCGAACCAAGUGGAGACGACCUGGGACAAGCGGAGAGGCAGCGUAGUG